AUGGCUCGGCUAUUCAGCGUGGUGGUGUUGGCGGCAGUGUGCUACUGGGCCUACGAGGGAUGCUUUGCCAGAAUCGCCGGCACUCGCCUGGAAGAGCCACCAGCCACUGAGGAGGUGGAGGCCCCUGCCGCCGCCGCCUGGCUCCGCGCGGCGCGCCGCACUGCCGAAGGCAAGAAGGACAGCGGCGCACACUGGGAGGCGGCCUGGGAGAUGACGGAGGCCUGGUGGCUGCGACCCGUGGCCUUCUCCGUGACCGCACUUUUCACGUUGGUGGCCAUCAUCCAGCAGCUGCCUGGGGCGUAUCUCCGCGCCAUCAUCCCAAAGGCUCGCACCGAGAAGGUGCUGCCUCUGGAGGCUGGUCCUAGCAAGGAGCUGCAAGUGGCCAAGUGCCUACGAGCCUUGCAGCGCAUGGAGCUGCCGGUCUUCGGCACCUCUGCCGCGUGGUCGGAGAAGCUCCAGGGCACCGUGGUGUCGGUGAACCCUCGCCCCGGCGCCCUGGAGGACUGGGAGCAGCGCGUGGAGCCAGUGCAGCAGAGCUUGGAGGAGGUCCUGGAGCAGCCAGUCGUGGUGCACCUGCUGCGCCAGAGCCAGGAGAAAUCCGGCGCCUCCGAAUCCUGGGAGCUUCUUGUGACAGAACCCCGGAAAGUGGAGGAAGGCUACAUGAACACGCUGCUCUCUUUCGGCGCGGUAGUGGGUGCCGCACAGCUGGUGAGCUCCCUGCGCGUGGGCGCGCCGCUGGCCCCCGUGCUGUUGCUGCUGCUGCUGGCGGAGGCCGCGAAGAGCGCCACGGCGCGGGCGCAGGACACCGAGCUGGGCGCCAGGACCUGGGUGCCCUGCCCGCAGCUGGGCGCCCUGGGCCUCUUCAGCGCCUCCGGGGCCUCGCCGAGCCGCGGGGCGCAGCUGCGGCUGGCGCUCAGCGGCCCGGCGGCGCUGGCAGCGCUCGCGCUGCUGCUCUCGGCCUGGGACUGGGCUCCAUCUUGGACCAUAGAUGUCCACAACACCAUGGGCCUCGGCAUGUUGACCGGUCUCCAAGGAGAAUGCCAUGCCACUGCCUUCAUCGCUCGACAAGCGCUCCUCAUGGCGGGGCUCGCCUUGCUGCCGCAGAGCCCCGAGGGCAAGGCAGCCUGGGCAGCGCUGGUGGGCCGGGAGACUGCCAACAAGAUGGCGGAAGCUGCCGGUUACCUGUACCCCCUGUGUGGGGUGUUGGCCAUGUGGGGUGGCGCGGGGCCCAUGGUCUUGUCCCUGCCCUUCACCUGGGCCCUGCUGCUCACCAACCUCCAACCCUCUGAGACACCGCCGCCGCUCGAGGAGGCCACGGAGGUGCCGUGGGAGUUGCAAACCGCGGCCGCGGCCUUGUUGCUGAGCGCGCCGCUGGCGGUGCUGCCUGGCGUCUUCCUUUGA